CCACCUCCUACCUAGGACUUCCCUGUCAGAAGUUUAGUGUGUUAACAUCGAUGGUUGACGUUAAUCUGUCAUGCGUUCUCUAAACUACCUGCUCGGAGAAACCAGACUGAACACACAGAUAACACUGGGAGGAGAGAAAUGACCUUUACAACUACCGUAAGAAAUACAUACUAAAAACAGGGAUCUCACGCUGCUGCUUAAUCACACUAGGUUUUUAACAAUCAGAAUCAAAAGUGAAAGUUAACUUUUGUACAAGGCUCGGUCAUUCCAGAGGAGGAAUUGUCACAAGAUCAAAAUGGCUUCCAGAGUAUCUCUGCAAGAGGACGAUCUAUCCUGUGCUGUGUGCUGUGACAUCUUCAAGGAUCCCGUCAUCCUGUCAUGUAGUCACAGCUUUUGUAAAGCCUGUCUGCAGGAAUACUGCAAGGGGAAGGCAGAAAAGGAAUGUCCAGUUUGCAGGAGAAGAUCUUCAAGGGCAGAUCCUCCCUGUAACCUGGUCUUAAAGAACCUGUGUGAGGCAUUCUUACAGGAGAGGAGGCGGAGAGAUUCAGCGGAGUCUGAGGAGCGCUGCAAUCUGCACAACGAGAAACUCAAGCUCUUCUGUCUGGAUGAUAAACAGCCCAUCUGUGUGGUGUGUCAGACCUCCAGAAAACAUAAAAACCACAACUGCUGCCCCAUAGACGAAGCUGCACAGGAGCACAGGGAAGAACUCCAGACUGCCCUGAAGCCCUUACAGAAGAAGCUGAAGGUCUUUAAUGAAGUUAAAGAUAUCUGUGAUGAAACAGCAAAGCAUAUUAAAAACAAGGCCCAGAGCACAGAGAUACGGAUUAGAAAGGAAUUUGAGAAGCUCCAUCAGUUUCUACGAGAGGAAGAGGAGGUGAGGAUAGCUGUUCUGAGGGAGGAAGAGGAGCAGAAGAGUCAGGUGAUGAAGGAGAAGAUUGAGGAGAUGAGCGGAGAGAUAUCAUCACUUUCAGACACAAUCAGAGCCUUAGAGGAGGAGCUGAGAGCUGAAGACAUCUCAUUCCUACAGAACUAUAAGGCCACAGUGGUAAGAACCCAGUGCACACUGCCGGAUCCACAGCUGGUCUCAGGAGCGCUGAUAGAUGUGGCCAAACACCUGGGAAACCUGCAGUUCAGAGUCUGGGAGGAGAUGCAGGGCAUUGUGAAAUACUAUCCUGUGAUUCUGGACCCCAACACUGCCAACCCAAAUCUCAUCCUGUCUGAGGACCUGACCAGUGCCAUAUACAAUGAAGAGAGACAGCAGCUUCCUGACAACCCAGAGAGGUUUAAUUACUAUAAAAUGGUCUUGGGCUCUGAGGGCUUUAACUCAGGGACACACAGCUGGGAGGUUGAGGUAGGGUUCAAUAAAGCCCUGGGUGUGAUAGCAGAGUCUGUCCAGAGGAAGGCAAAAGUAGAAAGUGGAUUCUGGUGUUUAAGCCUUUGGUGUGUAAGCCCCUGUGAUGCUUAUGGUUAUGAUGUUGGUGGUGAUAUUAGAUAUAAAGUAGAGUCCCCACCGCGGCCAGACAUCCAGCUCAGAUUGAGACAGAAACCCCAGAGGAUCAGAGUGCAGCUGGACUGGGACAGAGGAACGCUGUCAUUCUCUGACCCUGAUAAUAACACACAUUUAUACACUAUUACACACACUUUCACUGAGAGAGUCUUUCCGUAUCUUCUCAAUGAAUGUGCCCUCCAGCCAAUGAGCAUAUUACCAGGGUAGGCCUCUGUGAUGGUGGAACAGAACACUUCGAGUCUCUGUGAUGGUGGAACAGAACACUUCGAGCCUCUGUGAUGGUGGAACAGAACACUUCGAGCCUCUGUGAUGGUGGAACAGAACACUUCGAGCCUCUGUGAUGGUGAAACAGAACACUUAGAGCCUCUGUGAUGGUGGAACAGAACACUUAGAGCCUCUGUGAUGGUGGAACAGAACACUUAGAUCCUCUGUCUAU